AUGCCAUCCUGUGUCUGCACCUGCUGCAGCGAGAUGAAGUCCGCGGUACAGGCACACGGCUACCGGUUUGGUGACAUCCCCAACGUGCACCAGUUGCGUGCAGAUGUUUGGAGGACGCUGGCAGUGGCGCGUCCAGCUCAAGUCGUCGCAUGGCUACCAGUGACAGCCGCCAGAGCACCACCACCGCCCGAGCCAGCUUUGCCGUGGGGCUUCCGAAAGAUGUGGCUCAAUGGGCAUUCUACGGAGAAGACGGGGCUCACCAAGCGUCCUGGCGGACGCAUCCCGGAGGCUGCUCUCGCACGCUAUGAUGGUGGAGACGUGCCAGAAAUCAAUCAGGACGGGCAGCGUCUGGAGUGGCCUACCGUGCUGGAAGCCAACAUACUGGGGCUGGGCCAUGUGCAGCAGCAGAUCUACAGGCUCAAGCCAGAUGGAUCCAUGCCGGCACCCGCGUAUGACUUUGCCAUUGUCGCCCAUGGCAAGCCGUGUGGGACCGGGGGUGAAGCCACUGAUACCUUUACACCCAAAGUGUGCUUGGAACGCUGCACCCAGCACCUUGUGGCGGGUGUCGUGGGGUCCUGCACCCACAAACACACCGACACCUGCAAACACUUCGGCUGUGCAGGCGUGGAUGGAGACUGCGGCAUGGCCUACCCACGCCACAUCCGGUGUGAGUUCAAGUGGGUGGGCGACAGCGGCCUGUUCGUUCUGCCCCGAUACGGCCCCAACAUUGUGCCCCAUUGCCCCGCUGUCACAAUGGUGCUGGGCUGCAACAACGUCUUCACGCUGGCCUGCGAGCUCGACCGUCAGUACAUCGCAACAGUGGAGGAACAGCUUGUACUGCCGGUCCCCAUGUGUGACCCCGAGGUCCUGGAGGACAUCCUUGUGCAAGCAGAGGUUGUGGCCCACCGAACCACGCACUAUGCCACCAAGUAUGUCGCCAAGGCCACGCCGCAGAGCCAAGUCACAUGGCUGAACCGCACGAUCAUGAUCAGCCGCCACUUCCUUGACACUGCAGCUGCUGGUGGUGGAGACCCCGCAGCCGCCCACGAGGACCGAUGCAAGGGCAUCGGAAACCUUAUCUCCGCGGCGAACCGUACGACAGCCAGCCUGACCAUCGGAAUGGCCAUGGCGUCCUUCAAGUUGGCAGGACACGAUCCCGUCAAUGCGGCUUUCACAGCAGGUCUGCAUGUAAAGCUGCAGGGCACGGAUCUGACCAUUGCGAGCCUUGAGAACGUCCGCAAGAUCGUUACCACGCGCUGA